AUGCAUGCUCCUCCAAAGAAACCGUACGAAGAGGCCACUGUUUCUACACUGCAGGAGUACGACGCAUUCAUGUUUGGUAUUCCAACCAGAUAUGGUAAUUUCCCUGCCCAGUGGAAGAGUUUCAUUGACCAGACCGGCGGCUUGUGGGCUUCUGGUGCUCUUUACCACAAGCCAUUUGGCGUUUUUGUCUCUACAGGAACCGGUGGUGGCAAUGAGAUGACGGUUGUUAACUCUCUGUCCACAUGGGUCCACCACGGGAUGAUAUAUGUGCCAUUGGGCUACGCUAAGGUGUUCCCAUUGAUGACCGACCUGAGCCAAGUCCGUGGCGGUUCUCCUUGGGGAGCAGGCACUAUUGCUGGCUCCGAUGGCUCAAGACAGGUGACUCCUCUUGAGCUGGAAAUUGCCAAAGCCCAAGGUACCGAGUUUGCCAAGGUUGCACUUAAGUUUUAA